AUGUGGCGAGCCCCUUCCGCCAACACCUCCCAACACAACGUACAGGUUCCUAUGCACGGCAUCCAAACUCCGCACCCAACACCUGGUCCCUCCCAUUUUCCAACUCCUCCCCGAAUUCGACUAGCGCUACCCAAUUUCCGUGAUCCUCACCAACUUACUCACAACCCAUACUAUGUACACUCUACACCUCCCAAUCCUUUCGUUAUGACCAACCCUGCCGCACCGUUCCCAACUUUAUCAAGAGGACCCCACUCUGGUCCUCAACAGCAAUCCACCCCAUAUUACAAAUUCUAUUCAUCUCCCCCAUCGUUACCCCAACACUCACAAGUUCCCCCGGCCAACUUUUCGUCGCUCGCAAGUACUUUACCCCCUGAAUUGCCCCGUAAUCCGCCUCCUCAAUCACCAUCUUACAGCUACACCUACUACUUAUGUAAGGACCCCCCAAUUAACGUAGCUUUACCAACAAAUGCCGCUCCUUUGCCCGGGGUAUCAGGGCCACCCACGCAUUUCCCGCCAGCCCCACCCCCUUUACCCAACUUCCCGUUUUUAGGCGAACCUUUCAACACUGUCAAUCCGCAUGCUACAGUCCAUCACAAUUCCAACCAAAUGCAACCCACACUCUACACCAACAAUUCCGAACACGGAGAUGUGAUCAUGAGGUCACCACAUCGCACCGCUUCGCAGCAAUCGGCACAGUCUAAAGGCCUACACUUUGCUGCAUCGCCUGAGUUCUGCACACUUUCCCAACUUUCCAAUCUCAUGCGCGAUCACGAGCGACCUCACCCUCCAGCCGGCCAACCAAUUAUGACUUCGUACAACCCAUCAAUCAUACCCCCGACACCAAACCACACCUCAAUUGGCGUACAACUUGGAUACGGCGGUUUCCAACCCCCCUUGGAGAACGGUGGCAAUUUACCAAAUCACACGACUCCCUCGGCAUCCGACGCAACGCGACUCAACGUACCGUCGCCAUUCAGGAUGAGCAACAAUCUACCCAACAGUGCCAAUCGCAAAGAUCCCUAUCCUUGUGUAACCGACGAAGCGUCUCAUUCUUCUUACCCUUCAUGGCAUGGAAUACACAGUUCUCCGGCCCCCGGUGAGGCAACAUACUCCGCCGUCGAGCCAGCUCAACCUGGCCCCUCAUCCGGUCACCUCACUCAGACGCCAGCUCCUCCGGCGCAAAGUCAUACUGAGUUAGAAGCCUUCAAAAAAGACCUGUCUAUCAAGAACUUGUUCCAAUCCGCACACGGUAUUCUCGCUUUCGACACGGCUGACAAGAAGGCUAGGCUGCGGGGUUUACACACUGCCACCGAGCUCCACGCGGUUGAACAGAGCAUAACGGCGUCUUAUCGCAUGCUCCGCGACUUGUAUAACAAGGGUAAGCGGAAGAAACAAAACUGUUGGUGA